AUGCUGCCCCUAACAGAGGUGCAACGAAGGCGUCAUGACGAGGCAUCGAAAUGCCAUAUAUGUUUGAAGCCAUUCGAUGAUAGCAAGAAUAACCGCAAAGUUCGGGACCAUUGUCACUAUACAGGGAGGUACAGGGGCGCAGCGCAUAACAGCUGCAAUUUGAAGUGUAAAAUACCCGGCCACAUCCCUGUCAUCUUCCAUAAUUUAAGUGGGUAUGAUGCCCACCUGUUUAUCCGGGAACUGGGUGAAAAAUAUAAUACCCAGGACAUUGGAUGCAUCGCCGAGAACACAGAGAAAUAUAUAAGCUUCAACGUUAAAAUUAAGGUACCCCUUGGAGGUAUGGGGCACGGUGAUGGCGAGACAUACAAGACCAUAGAGAUACGGUUCAUCGAUAGUUGUCGAUUCAUGGUCUCAAGCCUGGAUAAGUUGGCAGGCAACCUCAUUGAAACAAACACCGCAGGUAUGAAAUGUCAACAGUGUGCAGAUACCUGUCUUGAAUUCCAGAGCAUAGACGCCAGGUACAUGGCAAAGUUUUGGUGUAAUAAUUGCGACUCGAGUACCACCAAGCAGCUUAACCAGGUAAGGGCAAACGUACCGUCCAUGGCAAAGUUCAUCGACAAAGAUGAUACCUUCAGGCUGAUGCUUAGAAAAGGUGUGUACAACUAUGAAUACAUGGAUGGAUGGCAGCGAUUCGAGGAGCUGGAACCACCUCCCAAGGAGGCAUUCUACAGCAAGCUGAAUAUGAAGGGUAUCAGCGACAGGGACUAUACCUAUGCGAAAGAGGUAUGGAAUGUCAUUACCCCGGAGGGUGAUAACGUUACCAUGGAAGACUAUCACGACAUCUACCUAACAAUAGAUGUAAUGCUAUUGGCCGACGUCUUCGCUGCACUGAAAUUUGCAGGUAUAAGGUUAGAGCUUCUCACUGAUCCUGACAAUCUCCUGAUGUUUGAGAAGGGCAUAAGAGGAGGUAUAACCCAGGCCGUACAACGAUAUGCGAGAGCAAAUAACAAGUACAUGGGGGACCAGUAUAACCGGGAUGAGGAGUCUUCCUACCUGCAGUAUCUGGAUGCAAACAACCUAUACGGAAGGGCGAUGCGUCAAGAUCUACCAACAGAUGGCUUUAAAUGGGUAUCGAACGUUGAGGCAUUCACCAAAAGGCGGAUCGGGAAGCUCGUUGAAGGGAACAAGCAUGGGUACAUAUUAGAGGUAGAUAUCGAUUACCCAAAGGAGCUACACGACAAGCAUAAUGAGCCGCCGUUCCUGCCCGAACGCAUGAUGGUUCAUAGAAUAGAGAAACUGAUACCAAAUUUGGAACACAAGCGUAGAUAUGUGGUGCAUAUCAGAGCCCUCCACGAGGCAAUAAAACAUGGGCGUGAAUUUAGAAAGGUGCGUAGGGUGAUGCGAUUCAACCAGAAGGCGUGGUUGAAGGGAUAUAUCGAUCACAACACGAGGUUGAGAACAAACGCAAAGAACGAGUUUGAGAAGGGUUUUUUACAAGCUGAUGAAUCUCUCGGUGUUCGGCAAGACCAUGGAGAUUAUACGCAAUCACCGCAAUAUUCAGCUAGUUACCAAUGA